AUGGACAUCCCAGACCACAUGAUGUUCUCUCGCCGCCUCGCUGAGCUGGCCGGCCAAUCCCGCGAUCACAACCUGCGGCCCUUGCUCGAGGAACGAGCCAACAACCUCAUUGAUGAUCUGUUUUGGGGUGAAGACGAUCUCGCGUCUGAGUGGUUCGACGCCAACAUCAGCUUGGUGAUCAACCUCAAACAAAACCCGGGCACGAUUUUCCUCGGCAAGCAUGAGGUGAUGGAGUACUUCAAGAAACUCUACGAAGAAGAAGACACUUACCAGUUGCGUCGUUUGAACUUCGUUCUCAUUAGCGCGGACCGAGGUCGUGUCACUUCCCACAUCGAACAGUUCUCUGCACAGUUCAACGUGGACAGCCCGGUCGGCCCGACAAAGAAAGAAGUCAUCCUCGUUACAAUGGAUCUCAACGAUUCCAACAAGAUCCAGCGCAUGGAGUACCGUCUUCUUUGCAAAGAGCAUGAUGCAGAGCAGACCCCGCAUUGGGAUUGGGAUGAAACUGUCGAUUCUCUCAAAACCAAGCCCGUCGUCAUCGACUACAACAUCUGA